AUGGGGCUCACGCUGUUGGUGAUCGAUGCCGUCAUCCUCGUCUUUGCCUCGGCAUAUGCCUUGAUCAGCCUUGGCUAUAUCGCGACCAUGUGGCACUUGCGGAAGAACUUUUUCAUCGUGCUGCGGUCUCCUAUUUUGGCAUGCACGAGCGGGCUGGGCAUCACGGUGCGCUACACAGUUACGAUGUACGGUUUGGUGGUGGGGCGAAACUUGGAAAUCUUAAACCUCGUCGGCUUCCCAGCGCUGUGGAUUGCCGAGAUAGCGCUGGUUCUGACGGCAUUACGGCUAUUCGUCAUGUACUACCCAAGCACAAGAGCCAAGUACGGAAGAGUAACAAGAGAAAAGCCGUGGGCUUGCGGCCUGGCAGCAACCUACCUUUUGGUGGAGACGGUGGUAUGGUUGGCGGGUGCCGCGCAGGGAACCGAGAGGAACAUCAGACCCAUCCAAGAGGUCCUGCAUCACGCCCCAAGAAAUAGCAUUCCCAAAGGUGUCCAGAUGCUGCUGGCGUUAUCGUCGAGGAGGAGGGGGGGGAGCAGUUCACCUAUCGGCGGCGAGGCAGUUACCACGGAUGUUACACAGAACCCGAGCCAACACGGCCGUGAGUCUUACGUCGAUUCGAACCGGCUUGCCGGCAUCAUGAACUACCUCCCGCUCCGGGAGGCGUUCGGAGAGUUCUGCCAGAAAUCGCUCUGCAGCGAGUCCUUUCAGUUUCUCCUGGAUGCUUCGGAGUUCAGAGGCGUGAUCGUCGAAGGCCCCGUCGAAGGCGAUGCCAACGGCAGCGCCGAAGAGGAGAACGAGGCACCAGCACACACGAGCGGUUUGGGGGACGUGGCCGCCAUGGUGAACGAGUACAUCAAGGACGGUGCUCCCUCGGAGAUCAACAUCGGGAGCGACACCAAGCACGCCAUCAUGGAGUUGGCCAAGGUCGAAGCCUUCGCCUCGCUUGAACAGGGAAGACAAGGAGGGAGGCUCGAAGCUUUCGCCUUGCUUGACCAGGAUGCGCGAAAGCUGAUUUUCGUCAAAGCCGAGAGGGAGAUCAGGAGGAUCCUGGAAGACAACCUCAUGGCCAGGUUUCUGGCGUCCGCACAGUACAAACGGGCUGUGGAUGGUGACGGAGAUGGACGUGUGUAA